CUAGCUACCGAGCACACUCCCAUUCGCAUACGACGCGACCCGCCAAAGCUUUCACUCAACCGCAGGCGAGCGAGCGAGCGCGGACGGUGACGACAAUGCCGACGGACCCGGCGGCGAAGGGGGUGAAGCUGGAGCGGUACGCCAGCGGGAGCGCGCUGCUGCUGCGCCGGGUGGCCAGCGGCAAGUUCGUGGCGGCGUCGUCGCACCUGCUCUUCCGCGCCACCGUGCUCGCCACGCUCGCGCUCGUCUUCCUCUUCGCCUUCCACUACCCGUCCCUCCUCUCCCGCUCCUUCAGCCUCGUCUCCGCCGACGCCUCCUCCUCCUCCUCCUCCUCCGGCUCGUCCAGGCACACGUCGCACCGGAGCCUGCUCAUGUCGUCCGCGUCGGCGGCAUCGCUGUACGGCGGCGAGAAGUGGGAGAAGGAGAUCCGGCGGAGCGCCAAGCCGCGCCGGGACGGGGGCAUCUCCGUGCUGGUCACGGGCGCGGCCGGGUUCGUCGGCUCCCACUGCUCGCUGGCCCUCCGGGCGCGCGGCGACGGCGUGCUGGGCCUCGACAACUUCAACUCCUACUACGACCCGGCGCUCAAGCGCGGGCGGCAGCGGCUCCUCUCCGACCGCGGCGUGGUGGUCCUCGACGCCGACAUCAACGACGCGCUCCUGCUGGAGAAGCUGUUCGAGGCGGUGCCCUUCACGCACGUGCUGCACCUGGCGGCGCAGGCCGGGGUGCGCUACGCCAUGGAGGCGCCGCUGACGUACGUGGCCUCCAACGUGGCCGGCCUCGUCACCGUCUUCGAGACCGCCGCCAAGCACGCCGACCCGCAGCCGGCGAUAGUCUGGGCCUCCUCCUCCUCCGUCUACGGCCUAAACACCGAGGCGCCCUUCUCCGAGGAGCACCGCACCGACCGCCCGGCCUCGCUCUACGCCGCCACCAAGAAGGCCGGCGAGGCCAUUGCGCACUCCUACAACCACAUCUACGGCCUCUCCAUCACGGGCCUCCGCUUCUUCACCGUGUACGGGCCAUGGGGCCGCCCCGACAUGGCCUACUUCUCCUUCGCCCGCAGCAUCGUCGCCGGCGACCCCAUCACGCUCUACGCCGACGCGCGACGCGACUUCACCUACAUCGACGACGUCGUCAAGGGCUGCGUCGGCGCGCUCGACACCGCCGGCAGGAGCACGGGCUCCGCCAAGACCGGCAAGAAGACCGGGCCGGCGCCGCUGCGCGUCUACAACCUCGGCAACACCUCCCCCGUGCCGGUCACCCGGAUGGUGGCCAUCCUCGAGAAGCUGCUCGGCAAGAAGGCCAACAAGCGCGUCGUCACCAUGCCCAGCAACGGGGACGUGCCCUUCACGCACGCCAACGUCAGCCACGCGGCGCACGACUUCGGCUACCGCCCCACCACCUCCCUCGACGCCGGCCUCCGCCACUUCGUCGACUGGUUCGUGGACUACUACAAGCUCGACACCAAGAUCGCCAAAGGAGCCGCCAGCGCCACCGGCAAGAAGCCAGCAACCAAGAAGAAAACCACUGCGGCCAUGUCGGCGUCGUCGUGAGCAGCUGAGCAUGCGCCUCAGCCUGCCAGAGCACCGCCACCAGCCGCACCACCAAGUGUUCAUUCCUUCCCUAGCAAAUUCUUGGAGGCAUUAAUCUCUGCCUUGUCUGUAACCUUGUACUAAGUGUUGAUCCUACGGUGUUUAGUUAGCAAAUAAUGUUGGCAAUCGAACCAGCAAGGGUAGAUAAUACGGGGGGUAUAGUCAGAUCACAUAAGAUCAAACAGAGGAGAGGCAGGAGGACUGAAGAAAGAUGAAGUCACUGGCCUCUUCUCAACCAAAUUGUUUCUUUCCACCUUUUCCUUUUUGGCACAAUGCCACUUCUUCUUCUCAUCUUCUUGCUCAUGUGAACCAUAUCAAGAUGUAUGUACGCUGGAUCGAUGAAUCCAAAAUUCCAGAUAAACACUGCUUGCGUACAAGAACCACACUUCCA